GUUAGCGCGCGUUAGCAACUUUUUUGUUUUGAAAGUCAUGUCGAAGCCUAUUCUGUAUUCGUACUUUAGGAGCUCUUGCUCGUGGCGUGUCAGGAUUGCAUUGGCGAUAAAAGGUAUUGAGUAUGAAUACAGAGCUAUCUCUUUGAUCAAAGAUGGCGGCCAGCAGAAAUCUGACGAGUUCAAGAAGAUCAAUGAUCAAUGUGCUGUACCUGCAUUAAUAAUAGAUGGUCACACUCUUGCUCAGUCACUAGCAAUCAUUGAAUAUCUUGAUGAGACCAGACCAUCACCAUCGAUUCUUCCAAGAGAUGAUAGUUUUAAGCGAGCUCAAGUCAGACGGAUUGCUGACUGUAUUGCAUGUGAUAUUCAACCCAUCCAAAAUUUGGGUGUUCUCCAGUAUGUCGGAGAUUCGAAAGCUGAAUGGGGUCACCACUGGAUUGACAGAGGCUUUCAAGCUCUUGAAAGCAUGCUCUCCAGUACUGCAGGGAAGUAUUGUGUAGGAGACGAGGUUUCAAUGGCUGAUCUCUGUUUGGUUCCACAAGUUUAUAAUGGCAACAGGUUCAACGUUGAUAUGUCUAAGUACCCUAUCAUUUCUCGUAUUAACGAGUCUCUCUUGGAAUUGGAUGCCUUCCAAGUAUCUCAUCCAUCUAGGCAACCCGACUGUCCUGAAGACCUUCGAUCUGCUUGAUUGGUACAUUUGGUAAUAUUAACUAAUAUGCUUUGUGACAUGACUGACAGUUUCUAGCUGACUGUGUAGUAGCUACUAUGCUGUUUAGCCAGAGUUAUGAUCAUUGGAACUUCUUCAGGGAGUUUGUUUGUCAUCAAGAAAUGUUUUUCCAUGCAA